AAUUGUCAAUGACUGAUAACACUUACGAGACCUUCAGUAAACCAGUACAUGAAGCAAAUAAUAUCUUAGAAAAUGUGCAGCUAGUAUUUGCCGAGGUGCUCGAGCAACCCAGUGCUCGUGGCAUGCGGAAGACUUCUGCAAGUGUACCUUCUGCUUCACUUACUCAGUCCUAUGAUCCACUUGUUUUACCUGGUCCUACCCCAGGGCCAUCAUCUAUGUCUUCUGCACAAUUUACUGUAGUUUCAUCUACUGUUUAUCGACCUCUAUUUUCACCCUCUGUUCCUGUCUCACAAGUCAAUGUUCCUGCCUCACCAGUCAUUGCUCUUGCCUCACCAAACAUUGCUCCUGCCUCGGCAGUCAAUGCCCCUGACUCACUAUCGAGUGAUCUGCCUCACCCCCUCCUGCUCAUGCUUCCAACCAACACCUUUAUUCAGUGUCCAGGGCAUCUGGUUCUCGUCCAAGGAGCACACCAAGGCGAACUAGGAGGGUGA